UCAGACACAUGAAGGUAACUUCAAGAGUUCAGAAAAAAGACAUGCCACCAGUCCCACCAAACGUUUUGCAAAACCUCAAAAUCUUCGAGCUCCGAUGUAAGAAACAGAGCUCGCAUUCUCAACAGCAAGAAACCAUGAAGAGAACACACAUUUCAUACUCCCUAGAUCGAACAUGUCUGAUUCUACUAAUCACACUGGCUUUACUCUCUCUAAUCCUCCUUUUAAUUGUCGGUCAAAACAAAUCAUCUCCAUCAACCGACACUUCCUCAAACCAGCAAAAACACUCCAUCCUAGACCAAAAUCUCAAUGACCCAUCACAGUUGCCGAGACUGCCAAGGUUUGCUUACUUCAUCUCAGGCACAAAAGGGGAUGUUUCAAGUGUAAAAAGAUUGCUUCAAGCAGUGUAUCAUCCUAGAAACUACUAUUUGUUGCAUCUUGAUUUUGAAGCAAGUGACGGUGAAAGGCUUGAGCUUGCAAAGUAUGUUAAGGUAGAGAGUGGUGUGAUGAGGGAAUUUGGGAAUGUCAUGGUUCUUGGUAAGGGUGAUUUGGUUACAUAUAAAGGGCCUACUAUGAUUGCUAGUAUACUACAUGGGGUUGCUAUUUUGUUGAAGCAGUUUGAAGAUUGGGAUUGGCUUGUUAAUUUAAGUGCUGAAGAUUAUCCUCUCAUGCCUCAAGAUGAUAUCCUGCAUAUUUUCUCCUACUUGCCUAGAGAUCUGAACUUCUUGGAGCACACAAGUGGUAUCGGUUGGAAAGAGUACCAAAGAGCAAAGCCUAUAAUCAUAGAUCCAGGCUUGUAUCAUGCAAAGAAGUCUGGUGUAUUUUGGGCCAAAGAGAAAAGGAGUUUGCCUGCCGCUUUCAAGUUAUUUAUGGGGUCUGAAUUGGUGGUUCUUACAAGGUCAUUUCUUGAAUUCUGUGUCUGGGGAUGGGAUAACCUCCCCCGCACUGUCCUUAUGUAUUACACAAAUUUCUUGUCAUCCACAGAGGGAUACUUCCAUACUGUCAUUUGCAACCAAAAAGAUUACCAAAACACUACAGUUAACCAUGACCUGCAUUACCUAAAGUGGGAUAACCCUCCAAAGCAAUAUCCAUUGAAUCUCACCGUGGAGCAUUUUGAAGACAUGGUUGCAAGUGGUGCCCCCUUUGCCCGUAAGUUUGCAAAGGAUGAUCCAGUUCUUAACAAAAUUGACAAAGAACUUCUGGGGAUACCGGAUGGACAGCUUACUCGAGGGCGCUGGUGUGCAGGAAAGUCUCUUUCAGAUAAAGAUCCUUGUGUUGUUUAUGGGAGUCCCUUUGCUGUUAAACCAAGUACUGUUAAUUCACAGAGGCUAGAGGAACUAAUGGUGAAACUUCUUGAUUCUGAAAAUUUCAGAUCUAAACAAUGUAAAUAAUUUUCCAUUACUCAAGUUUUCUUCUCUUGUUUUUUUAAA